AUGUCUUCUCCUAAAACUGAAAACUAUGCUUUCCAAGCUGAAAUUAAUCAGCUUAUGUCCCUUAUUAUCAACACUGUUUACUCAAACAAAGAAAUCUUCUUGAGAGAAUUGAUCUCUAACGGUUCCGAUGCUUUGGACAAAAUUCGUUACAAGGGUCUAAGUGCCCCCCAAGAACUAGAAUCUGAACCAGAACUCUUUGUUAGAAUCACUCCACACCCAGAUCAAAAGAUCUUGGAAAUCAGAGAUUCCGGUGUCGGUAUGACCAAAGCUGAAUUGGUCAACAACUUGGGUACAAUUGCUAAAUCUGGUACCAAGGCCUUUAUGGAAGCCUUGUCCGCUGGUGCUGAUGUCACCAUGAUCGGUCAAUUUGGUGUUGGUUUCUACUCUCUAUUCUUGGUUGCUGAUAGAGUCCAAGUCAUUUCAAAAUCAAAUGAUGAUGAACAAUAUAUCUGGGAAUCCAAGGCUGGUGGUACCUUCACCGUCACUCUCGACGAAACAAACGAAAGAAUCAACAGAGGUACUGUCAUCAGAUUAUUCCUCAAAGAUGAUCAAUUGGAAUACUUGGAAGAAAAAAGAAUCAAAGAGGUCGUCAAACGUCACUCAGAAUUUGUUUCUUAUCCAAUCCAAUUAGUCGUCACCAAAGAAGUCGAAAAAGAUGUUCCUGUUGAAGAAGAACCAAAAGUCGAAGAAGCUGACGAUGAAAAGAAACCAAAAUUAGAAGAAGUUAAAGAUGAUGAAGAAGAAGAAAAACCAAAGACUAAAAAAGUCAAGGAAACUGUCACAGAAACCGAAGAAUUAAACAAAACAAAACCUUUAUGGACCAGAAAUCCAUCCGAUGUCUCUCAAGAUGAAUACAACGCUUUCUACAAAUCAAUUUCCAAUGACUGGGAAGAUCCUUUAGCUGUUAAACACUUUUCCGUUGAAGGUCAAUUGGAAUUCAGAGCCAUUCUUUUUAUCCCCAAGAGAGCUCCUUUUGAUUUAUUCGAAUCAAAAAAAAAGAAAACUAACAUCAAAUUAUACGUUCGUCGUGUUUUUAUCACAGAUGAAGCUGAAGAAUUAAUCCCUGAAUGGUUAGGCUUCGUCAAGGGUGUUGUUGACUCUGAAGAUUUACCAUUAAACUUAUCAAGAGAAAUGUUGCAACAAAACAAAAUCUUAAAAGUUAUUAGAAAGAACAUUAUCAAGAAAUUAAUCGAAACUUUCAAUGAAAUCGCUGAAGACACUGAACAAUUUGACAAAUUCUACUCUGCUUUCUCUAAAAAUCUUAAAUUGGGUAUCCACGAAGACUCCACCAACAGAAACGCUUUGGCUAAAUUGUUAAGAUACAACUCCACGAAAUCAACUGAUGAAUUAACCUCAUUAUCUGACUACGUUACUAGAAUGCCCGAGCACCAAAAGAACAUCUACUUUAUCACUGGUGAAUCCACAAAAGCUGUUGAAAAAUCUCCCUUCUUAGAUGCCUUGAAAGCUAAAAACUUUGAAGUUCUCUUUUUAGUUGACCCAAUUGAUGAAUAUGCCAUGACUCAAUUAAAAGAAUUUGAAGACAAAAAAUUAGUUGACAUUACUAAAGAUUUCGAAUUGGAAGAAACUGAUGAAGAAAAAGCUGAAAGAGAAAAAGAAAUUAAAGAAUUCGAACCUUUAGCCAAAGCCAUUAAAGACAUUCUCGGCGAACAAGUUGAAAAGGUUGUUGUUUCUCACAAAUUAGUUGAUGCUCCAGCUGCUAUCAGAACCGGUCAAUUUGGUUGGUCUGCUAAUAUGGAAAGAAUCAUGAAAGCUCAAGCCUUGAGAGACACUUCAAUGUCAACCUAUAUGGCUUCAAAGAAAAUCUUUGAAAUCUCUCCAAAAUCUCCUAUCAUCAAAGAAUUAAAAGUCAAAUUAACCAAAGAAGGUUCCGACAAUGCUGCCUUGAAAGACUUGACUACUCUAUUAUACGAAACCGCCUUAUUAACUUCGGGUUUCACUUUAGAAGAACCAAGCUCAUUUGCCUCCAGAAUUAACAGAUUGAUUUCUUUAGGUUUGAACAUCGAUGAAGAAGAACCAGAAACCGUUGCUCCAGCUGCCACCCCUGCUGCCAAAGAAGAUGUUGCUGAAUCCGCUAUGGAAGAAGUUGAUUAAACAAUCCACCACUUUCCCGAACUAGUAAACUUAGAUAUUAUAUAAUAUUGUUUUUUUAAAGCAAACCAAUUUUUAUUUACUUAUUCUUUCAAUUUUUAAUUUUUGUGUAUAAUUUAAUAAAUUUUGAUAACAAAGGAAAAAACCAGGUCAAUUGUAUUCUUUACAAGUAUCUCUUGAUUUAUUGCUGUUUGUUUUUUCUCAUUUUCUAGUUUCUAUUGGUAUAAAGGCCUCUAAUACUGUAUUGUUAAUAAGAGCGAUUGUAUCUUCAGCUUGAUCUCUCACCAAUAAAUCACCAUCUGUAUCUUUGAUGUAUUUCAAAACUUUCAAUACCUUCUUUCCAUAUCCCUUGGGAACACCUAUCAAUCCUCCAGGCCCUGAAAUCAAAUCACUUACUAGAACAAUAGCAG